AUGGUUGUAACAAUCGAGGUGUGUGUACGAUCACGUGUUGAAAAACGAGCGCAGCGUUCGCCGUUCUUCAAGCAUUUUUUCCAAGUAAUGAGCCAAAUGUCACACCGUGUUGCUCCUCGAUCGCCGAACGGUGCUGGACCAUGCAACGUCUAUUGCCAAGAUCCUAUCGAUGAUCCAGAAACUGGCCGUACCAUCAAUGUCCGACGUCGUUUCAACUCAGGAAGCGUGCAAAGGCCGCCCAGCAUUCUCAGUGGACUUCGAGGUCUCGUUGGGGGCCGACAACGGUCGGAAAGUCUUGGCGGUCAGCUUUUGAGAAAACCUGUGAAGCUCAAAAAAGUGCAGGUGAAUGGCUGCCAGUUGUCAUCGGUUUACGAUUUGCGCGAGGGCGAUGAGGGGUCUGCCGAUCUAUACGACGACGAUUGGGCAUUUCGAAGGCCUAGAAGUAACAGCUCGGAUUUCUUGAUUUUACGAAAAACAUCUCGACCACUUAGUGUGGAUGUCGUGGGGCUUGUAGAUUCACAAUCCGAUCCAUAUCGACAAUAUAUGCGGGUAGUAGAUUGUUAUGAACUAGCCCCUCCAGCCGGCAACAUUAUCGCCAUUGACAAAUCCAUCAAGGUCGAUAGGGCAUUUUCCGCGCUUUGUGAACAAAGUGUCCACUCUGGUUUGGUAUGGGAUGCUGCAGUAGGACGCAUAACGUCACUAGUUACGUUGACUGACUUCCUUAUGUAUCUGCUUGAUGAUGCAUCUCGGUGUUCUGCUAGCGAAGUUGGAGAACUAAUAUCUGGCGAUACAUUAAUAAGCGUUCCAGCUGAUGCGAAAAUCAUCGAAGCAUGCCAAGAGUUCUGCGUCCAUCGUGUUCACCGUAUCAUCGUUCGCGAACCACAAACUGGUGACAUUCUCUAUCUUCUCACUAUCAAGAGGGUGCUCCAAGCGAUACACAAACAAAAUCGGUCAUUACAUUUCGCUCAGUGGCUAAGCUGUCCGAUCAAAGAUUCUGGCGUUGGAACCUGGGACAGCGUCGUACAUUCUGCAUCCGUGAGCGAUUCGCUGGAUGAGGUAGCGUCAAAACUGCUUGCACAGAAGCUGUCAUCGCUUCCUGUUGUGAAUGCUGAAGGAGAAACUUGUGAUGUUGUCACAAAAGCCGACAUCGCCACUGCUCUCAUGGAAUCGCCUAAUCCUCAGAGUUUUCUCGCUGACACAACCGUAAGCGAACUACUUGGUCGACGUCCGCCACCAGAAUUCAUCACCCCUCAAGAUUCUGUGGGAAAAGUAUUGGAUGCAUUGUUACAAGCGAACCAUAUGCGAUGUAUAUUCAUUCUGGAUGAGCAUAAAAAGCCCGUCGCAUGCGUCUCUCAAUCAGAUGUCAUCACCCACCUGAUCUACAAUGAUGCUCCAUUCCAAAAAUCCAUGCCAUCUUGAUAAAAGUAAAUUUCUUCUAGUGGCAUUGAAGCCGGUGUAUCGAAGCUUUUCUUAUACAUUUUAUCCAGGAUCGAUUUUUUGUUCUACUUGUACAGCACCAAAAUUGCGCCUUUGUACAAACUGUGAAGCAUAUAUGAUAUGAGAUUAUUUAUUUUCUUUUUCUCCACUUAUUUUCAUGCCUUUCAAAUUCCAUAUGAUUUUUCUCUUCGCUUUUACGCAUGUGUUUUGUUGAAUUGUUGAUAUUGGGAAUUGUUGUUAAGAUGUCAGCUAUUCAAAGCUAUGUCGCUCUCUUGGCUCACAUCUUAAAUCAAAAAUUUUGUUUUUUCUUUUUGCAAGCAUGGCUAGGUCGAAGAUGUCUAUGACAAUUCAGUGCAUGAUAAUUGUGUCAUUACAG